CGCCCUGCGUCGUCCGCGCGCGGGCUCCGCGCACACGCCCGAACCCCCCCCACCCAGGCCUCAAGCCCCAGCGGGACUCGAACCUCAGAAGCGAGGUUGCUGAGCGUGAGCAAGGUGUGUGUGGCGACCCGCGGCGCCUCGGUGCGGAGGGACGACAAGGGCUCCGCCAGGAGAGGAGGAGUUUGCGGCCCACUGUCCGCCUCGCAAGUGACCGGGCUGGACCUCCGGCGGGACUCGGGCUCGCCCUGCCGGACUGAGCUCCAACAUUCUUGCCACGGCGGGCACACAAAAACAAUAAUGAACUCUACAGUGUCAGCAAGACACUGCCACAUGUUGUCACAAACACAGCUGUGAGACACUGAUAUACCAAAGUGACAAAACCUUACCAAGUUGCUUCUACAGUGCGACCAAGCUUGGAUGGAAUUGGAGGCCAUUAAUCCUAAGUGACAUAUCUCAGGAAUGGAAAAACAACAUGUUUUUGGCUCUUGGCAAGGGAGCAAAAUUUCUGAGGACAAUUUGUUCUUCACAAAUCCUUGGAUUCUCUACUUCCGCUAAAAUGUCUUUGAAAUUCGCAAAUGCAAAACGAAUCGAAGGACUUGACAGUAAUGUGUGGACUGAAUUUACAAAGUUAGCUGCAGACCCUUCUGUUGUGAAUCUUGGCCAAGGACUUCCAGAUAUAUCCCCUCCUCUAUAUGUAAAAGAAAAAUUAUCAAACAUUGCAGCAGUUGAUAGCCUGAAUCAGUAUACACGGGGCUUUGGUCAUCCAUCACUCGUGAAAGCUCUGUCCUGCCUCUAUGAAAAGCUUUAUCAACAUCCAAUUGAUGCAAAUAAAGAGAUCCUUGUGACAGUGGGAGCAUAUGGAUCUCUUUUUAGUGCCAUUCAAGGACUAAUUGAUGAGGGAGAUGAAGUCAUAAUAAUAGUACCUUUCUACGACUGCUAUGAGCCCAUGGUGAGAAUGGCUGGAGCAACACCUGUUUUUAUUCCCCUUAGAUCUAAACCUGUCGAUGGAAAAAAAUGGUCUAGUUCUGACUGGACAUUAGAUCCUCAAGAACUGGAAAGUAAAUUUAAUUCCAAAACCAAAGCUAUCAUACUAAAUACUCCACAUAACCCCCUUGGCAAGGUGUAUACCAAAGAGGAACUGCAAAUAAUUGCUGACCUUUGCAUCAAAUAUGACACACUUUGCAUCAGUGAUGAGGUUUAUGAAUGGCUUGUAUAUUCUGGACAUAAGCAUUUUAAAAUAGCCACUUUUCCAGGAAUGUGGGAGAGAACAGUAACAAUAGGAAGUGCUGGGAAGACCUUCAGUGUCACUGGCUGGAAGCUUGGCUGGUCCAUUGGUCCUAAUCAUUUGAUAAAACAUUUACAGACAGUUCAACAAAACACCAUUUAUACUUGUGCCACUCCUUUACAGGAAGCCUUGGCUCAAGCUUUUUGGAUUGACAUCAAGCGCAUGGAUGACCCAGAGUGUUACUUUAAUUCUUUGCCAAAAGAGUUAGAAGUAAAAAGAGAUCGGAUCGUUCGUUUACUUGAAAGCGUUGGCCUAAAACCCAUAGUUCCUGAUGGAGGAUAUUUCAUCAUCGCUGACGUGUCUUUGCUAGAAGCAGACCUCUCUGAUAUGACAGACAAUGAACAUUAUGACUAUAAAUUUGUGAAAUGGAUGACUAAAAAUAAGAAGCUAUCAGCCAUCCCUGUUACAGCAUUCUGUAACACAGAGACUAAAUUACAGUUCGAGAAAUUUGUGCGAUUUUGCUUCAUUAAAAAAGACAGCACACUGGAUGCUGCUGAAGAAAUCAUCAAAGCAUGGAAUGUGCCCAAGUCUUGAGACGCGCAGAGCGUGUCAGCGUUUCCAUUAGAUGACCUGGUAUGGAGUGUCUGCUUCAUGCUGCCACCUGCUGGAUGCUGAAAAACACAUAUUUCAGCGCAGAUGGCAUUUAAAUAAAUAUUUCCAUUGUUUUUCUAAACAAGUUAACCCUACUCCUAAAAUUAUUCAAGUGUUCUAUGGGUUGUUUUUUCAGUUUAAAUGUAUUAAAACACUUGCCACUAUCGUUUUGUGAAGAUGAACCUACUAGAGUUGAUGAGAACUGUGAGAUGCUUAACCUCUCUGUGCUUCAGUUCCCUCAGUAUAAAACAGGAAUAAAAAUAGCACCUGCUUCAUCUAAAGGUUGUUUGUGAGGAUUAAAUAGACCAGUGUAUAUAAAGCCUGGCAGACAAUACCCACUCACCUGA